CUGAAAUGGAGGCAGAGCUCAGAGGUUCUUUCAUCACACUGAGGCAGGCUGUUUUUCAGCUGAACUCGAUGGAUUCCUCCUUGCUGUUCACGCUUACCCCUGUGCCUCUUGUCUUUCAGAUCCAGGUGAACCGGGGAGAGCUAGAAGCAGCUGCCUGGUUUAGUCUUGACGAGGUGGCCACAGCCCUGAGGAGAAAGGGCUCCUUUAUUCAGCAGCAGAGUGAUACUCUCCCAUUGAUGUUGCCGCCCAAGUUAGCCAUUGCCCACCACAUGAUUAAGAGCUGGGUGGAAACACAGACCUCUUCUUCCCUGGCUGCUUAGCUCUCCAAUCAAGCUGUCUAGAUCCCUCCCCGGUGUUGCUGAAGGGCAUGCCAGAGAUCUGCCGCAAGAGGAGGUGGCAAAGUCAGCUCCAGGGCAGCCUCCUAAGGCAGAGGAGCUCUGAGAAGUUCCUGUUGCCCAAACAGGUUCCUAGUAAUGGACCAGCAAAAAUGUCAGUGUAAGCGGAUAGAGCAGCCUGUACCCACGCUUGUCCUAGCUACUUUGGAGGCUGAGGCAAGAGCAUCACUUUCUCCCAGGACAACGUGGGAAACACACGGAGACUCUUGUCUCUUUGACAAAACAAAACAAAAACUCUAAGGAGAAAAGUUGAUUGAUGAGAUGUUAACUAUGAAAUGCUGAGGGAAAAGUGCUGAUUUAUGUGGAUGGAGGCCAUUUUCUCCAAGGCUGUAGGAGCAAACAUCUUCUGGUACCUGGCUCAUGGAUGUUGCAAUUACAGGAACUACCAAAUA